AGUUAAAACAAGCUGUGAACACAACACCAGUAUAGCAGUAACACAUUUAAAGUAAUAAACAACCGAUUAUUUUAUAACAAAUAGAAAGGAAAUAACAUCAUAAUUCAUCUGCAGUCGGGUGUUUGCCCCUCUGAUGACUAAUGUUCAGUAUUCAGCCAUACUUGUGGGAGAAACCAGUGACACGUGAAAAGCUCACAACCAUGACCAAAGUGAAACCUGGCAGAAGAAGAGUGGCCGAGAUCCAGAGAGGCCAAAAGCAUAAUGGCACCGAAAACGAGCAUCCUGUAAUGGUCUCCAGAUGUUUGAGAGGAUCGCCAUCCAUGGAUGGCUGUGCUGGGCUCUGUACCUGCUGGCAGCAGGGGUGACAUUAACAAGUGAAUCACACCGGCUGUGCCCACAGCCUUGCCGUUGCAACACCAUGCUUCUGGAGGCAAACUGCUCUGAUCGCCAACUAAACACAGUGCCCGACAGUCUCCCACAAAACAUUAAACUUCUUAAUCUAACCCGUAAUAAGAUUAAGACUCUGGUGCAACAGCAGUUCAAGGCAUUGCCUCAACUUCUACACCUUGAUUUGAGUGAUAAUGAGCUGGUUUUCAUUGAAGUUGAAGCAUUUCUAGGCUUGCAAAAUCUGAUAAACCUGCGUCUCACUCACAACCACAUAAAGAUCAUUCCUGUGGGAGCGUUUGCUGGUAUGCCAAAACUGAAGUCUCUGGACAUAAGUGACAAUGAAAUUCUACUUUUUCUAGACUUCACUUUCUGUGAUUUGCCUGCUUUGCAGUAUUUAACAGCAGUAGAUAAUGACAUUGUUUUUAUUUCUCAUCAAGCUCUCACUGGACUUACAAGUCUGGAAGAGCUGCACCUCGAUGGCUGCAACCUCACUGCAGUGCCAACACAGGCGCUCACACAGUUGAGCAGGCUGAGAAGUUUUCAUUUUUACCGACUUGGCAUUGCAACACUGCCGAACUACUCUUUCCGUAAUCUAGACUACCUCAAAGAACUUGUCAUUUCUCAUUGUCCGUGGUUAAAGAUGAUCUCAGGUAACAGUCUCUUUGGCCUGAAUCUUACAUCCCUCACGAUCACACACUCUAACUUAAGCGCUGUCCCUUACAUCCCUUUGCAACAUCUUGUCUAUCUCGUAUUUCUCGAUUUUUCUUUCAACCCAAUCACCUACAUUCAUGGGAAUAAGCUUGGAGGCCUGCUGCGCCUACAGGAGCUGCGUUUGGUGGGGGGAUCAUUGCUUUGUAUUGAAACCGGAGCAUUCAGAGGUUUAUCAUAUUUGAGAUUGCUGAAUGUGUCCGGAAACCUUCUCACCACCAUGGAAAUUGGAGCUUUUCAGUCAGUGGACACCCUAAGAACUCUGGGACUCGAUAACAACCCCUUAGAAUGUGACUGCCGCUUGCUGUGGUUGGCACGAAGACGACCAAAUCUGGAUUUUGGUGGGAACUCACUGACUUGUGCUACCUCAGUCCACUUUCAUGGAUUGAAUUUUCUAGACCUGGAGGAAGAUGAACUCUCAGGCUUGCUCACAUGUCGUCAUCCUCGUAUUCUAAACAGAAAAAGUCAAGAAACAAGAGUCGAUCAGGGACAUACUGUGAUGUUUUAUUGCACUGCAGAAGGUGACCCUGCACCAUCUGUCACCUGGCUAAACCCACAGCUAAAACCCGUAUCCCCCACUGGUAGAAUAUGGGUUCUCUCUAAUGGCUCGCUGGAGAUACGCUACGCUCAACCUCAAGACAGCGGAACAUAUCUCUGUGUGGCAUCUAAUGCAGCAGGAAAUACCAGCCUGCCUGUCAGCCUGCAUGUCCAAGCCUUUCCAAAGUCUUCUAGAAACCCCUCUCGUCUCAAAGGUUGGUUUGUACCUCAAGGUAUAAACGGAAAUCAACAACUUCCAUUUGAUUUUAAGACAUUAUUAGUAGCCGCAACCAUUGGGUUUAUCUCAUUUUUCAGCUCUGUGAGCGUGUGUUUUAUUUUUAUGUUCUUCUGGAGCAAGAGUAAAGGGCAGAUAAAGCACACUGCCACAAUAGCAUACGUGCCACGAAGCACCAUGACAAGUGGAAAAGGAGGGUCAGGAAACCAUACGGAGACAAGCAGGUUCACCAUGAAACUGAUAUGAUUCCAAACAGCUGGUUUAACUUCUUACAUUUAAGGUUUGUAAUUAAAAACAUUGAAUACCUUUGUUUAAGUUUAGAAUUUUUGGUCAAAGUAAGUGCAUAUCAUAGCAUGUUACCAAGUGUCAAACAGAAACUGAGUCUUUAAUAAUUCAUAUAGAUGCAAGCUUGUUAGCUAAAGUCGCAAAAGCUUACAGUAAACUCUGCUGUCAAAACCUUUUAAGCACAUCUCAGAUGCAUUUCUAGGGACUUACAAGGUAUAUGUAAAGUAGAAAUAACUGGGAAGAUUUAACUUUCAUAAUUUUGUCUAUAUUUUGUGUUUCACUAAUU